AUGUCUGAGCAUGACAUUUAUCCAAAUAAAUUCAGUGAACUGCAAAGUAAGUAUAAAUACUACAUAGAUUCAUAUGAUGCGUUGUAUCAGCUGAAAACGGAAAAUGAAGAAGAAUUAAACUCGAUUUACAAAAUGAUCAAAGCAGAGUUAAUUGAUUCAAAGAAAUAUUCUCUCCAAAAAAUAAUCAAAGAUAUUUUAAACAUUAUUCCGUUUAAUAACCGGUAUACAAAGUCAUAUUUGACUCUUACCAAAUUCAUUAUUGAUGAUUAUCAAGUAAAAGAGGUCCCUAAAAUUUCAAAUGUUUCUAACUUCCUAUUUUAUAAAGAAUAUGGCAUUAAAUUAGACAAUUCUGUUGAUUUCGAAAAAAAUAAACCGAUAAAUCUCAAUAUUCAUACAGAAAACACUUUUUACAGAGCAAUUAUGUAUAAUGACAAAGAAAGAUUCAUCUAUUUCAUUAGAAGUGAAGGAUUUGUUGAAGACAAUAAACUUGAAAGCGAUUUAUAUCCAUAUUCAUAUUCUAAAAAAGGAUAUUCGUUACUUGAAUUAUGUUGUUAUCAUGGAGCAGUUGAUUGUUUCAAGUUAUUAAGAACAAAAUUUGACUCAGAAAUAACUCAAAAAUGCCUAAAAUUUUCAUUUUUAGGAGGAAAUCCAGAGAUCAUGAGUGAAUGUUUGAAACAUCAAAAACCAAAUGAAGAAUGCAUGAAAUAUGCAAUUAUUUCACACAACAUUGAUUUUGUUACAUUCUUAAUGAAUGAAUACAAAAUGAAGAUCGAUUUAUAUUAUUGUGGCUAUUAUAAUAAUCUUAACUCAUUUUUAGUUUAUUACGAUCAGACUAAUGAUGUCAACAACUGUUUUGUUUUUUCAGUAUCAUUUAAUAUUCCAUCUCUUUGUGAAUAUUUCCUUUCACAUGGUGCAAAUAUCAAUGAGAAAGAUAAUAAUGGAGAAACCGCUCUUCAUAAAGCAGCAGGGAAAGAUAGUCAAGAAACAGCCGAACUUCUUCUAUCGCAUGGUGCAAAUAUCAAUGAGAAAGAUAAUAAUGGAGAAACCGCUCUUCAACAUGCAGCAUAUUUUAAUUGUCAAGAAACAGCCGAACUUCUUCUUUCACAUGGUGCAAAUAUCAAUGAGAAAGAUAAUAAUGGAGAAACCGCUCUUCAUAAAGCAGCAGGGAAAGAUAGUCAAGAAACAGCCGAACUUCUUCUAUCGCAUGGUGCAAAUAUCAAUGAGAAAGAUAAUAAUGGAGAAACCGCUCUUCAACAUGCAGCAUAUUUUAAUUGUCAAGAAACAGCCGAACUUCUUCUUUCACAUGGUGCAAAUAUCAAUGAGAAAGAUAAUAAUGGAGAAACCGCUCUUCAUAAAGCAGCAUUUAAUAAUAGUCAAGAAACGAUUGAACUUCUUCUUUCACAUGGUGCAAAUAUCAAUGAAAAAACUAAAUUUGGAGGAACCGCUCUUCAUGUUGCAGCAUCUAAUAAUAGUCAAGAAACAGCCGAACUUCUUCUUUCACAUGGUGCAAAUAUCAAUGAGAAAGAUAAAUUUGGAGAAACUGCUAUUCAUAUUGCAGCAUUUAAUAAUAGUCAAGAAACGAUUGAACUUCUUCUUUCACAUGGUGCAAAUAUCAAUGAAAAAAAUAAUAAUGGAGGAACUGCUAUUCAUGUUGCAGCAUCUAAUAAUAGUCAAGAAACAGCCGAACUUCUUCUUUCACAUGGUGCAAAUAUCAAUGAAAAAACUAAAUUUGGAGAAACUGCUAUUCAUAUUGCAACAUAUUAUAAUAGUCAAGAAACAGCCGAACUUCUUAUUUCACAUGGUGCAAAUAUCAAUGAAAAAAAUAAUAAUGGAGGAACCGCUCUUCAUGUUGCAGCAUCUAAUAAUAGUCAAGAAACAGCCGAACUUCUUCUUUCACAUGGUGCAAAUAUCAAUGAAAAAACUAAAUUUGGAGAAACUGCUAUUCAUAUUGCAACAUAUUAUAAUAGUCAAGAAACAGCCGAACUUCUUAUUUCGCAUGGUGCAAAUAUCAAUGAGAAAGAUAAAUUUGGAGAAACUGCUAUUCAUAUUGCAGCAUUUAAUAAUAGUCAAGAAACGAUUGAACUUCUUAUUUCACAUGGUGCAAAUAUCAAUGAGAAAGAUAAAUUUGGAGAAACUGCUCUUCAUAUGGCAACGAGGAAUAAUUAUAAAGAAACGAUUGAACUUCUUAUUUCACAUGGUGCAAAUAUCAAUGAGAAAGAUAAUAAUGGAGGAACCGUUCUUCAUAAAGCAGCAGGGAAAGAUAGUAAAGAAACAACCGAACUUCUUCUAUCGCAUGGUGCAAAUAUCAAUGAGAAAGAUAAAUUUGGAGAAACUGCUCUUCAUAAAGCAGCAUCUAAUAAUAGUCAAGAAACAGCCGAACUUCUUCUUUCGCAUGAUGCAAAAAAAUGA